UUUUUGUAGAAACCUGUGUCAAACAAAGUGAACUGGAUUUUCUCAAGAACACUGUCAAAUCUCUUUCACAUGAGACCCAAUUUCGGCGAAAAGGGGCACCGCUGAUUGGUUUCAUAGUCUCCGCCUUCCUGGAUUUGUGAUGGAUCCAGAAAAACGAAACGGGAUGAGUCUGAAAGACAAGAGAGAAUUAUUGUAUGAAGUUGCUAGAUUUCCACAAGGUGCCGCUGAGAUUCUCCAAUGCUGGUCUCGUAGGGAUCUUCUCGAGCUUAUCUGUACUGAGUUGGGCAAGGAGAGGAAGUACACCAAUGUUCCAAAAGCUAAGAUGAUUUCCCAUCUGUUAAAACUAGUUUCAAGAAGGAACAGUCAGCUGAAGGAUGAUAAUUCAAAUGCUUUACUAUUGGGCCACAACAAUAAAGAUGUGACGCAAAAGAAAGCAAAUGGGGAACAACCACAGCAUUUGACUAAAAGUGUAAACUCGGAUCUGUCAUUAUGUAGAGAGGCCCAUGCUGGUAGUUUGAUAUGCAGAAAUGUUGCAUGCCAAGCCACUCUAAACAAAGGAGAUGCAUAUUGCAAGCGAUGCUCUUGCUGCAUUUGCCGUAAAUAUGAUGAAAAUAAGGAUCCUAGCUUAUGGUUGGUUUGCAGCUCUGAUAAUCCAUAUAGUGGGUUCUCAUGUGGAUUGUCAUGUCAUUUAAGGUGUGCUCUAAAGAAUAAAAAGUCUGGCAUUCUCAAGAAUGCAUGCAACAAGUUAGACGGUAGUUUCUACUGUUUUUGCUGUGGGAAGAUCAACUGGCUGAUGAGGAAUCUGCGGAAACAACUAGCUGUUGCAAGGGAAGCUAGAAGGGUUGAUGUACUAUGUGAGCGUUUAUCGUUGAGCAAUAAAAUGUUCAAAGGGUCUGAGCGUUACAGGGAGCUGUCGAACAUAAUUAGCUCAGCUGUGAAAAUGCUUAAGAAGGAAGUUGGAGGUGCAUUGGAUCAAGUUUCUGUAAUCAUUGGUCGGGGCCUUGUGAACCGGCUUAGUUGUGGUGCUGAUGUUCAGAAGCUCUGUUCUUCCGCACUAGAAAUAGUGGACUCUACAUUGGAAAGCACCUUAGUGCUUGAGACAAACAAUAAUCUGAAACCCCCAGGUCUCCAACCCCAAAUCCAUUUUGAGGAGAUCACUCCGUUUUCUUUGGUUAUUGCAUUGAAAUAUCAGGAUAAUAUCGAUAAGGAGGACAUUGAUGGUUGCAGAGUUUGGCACCGAAGUGCCAAUGUACUCAACUACCCAGCAGAGCCCACAUGCCACAUACUGAUGCCAAAUACGAGGAACCUUUUUUCAGGUUUAAGCCCAUCAACUGAAUAUUUCUUUAAGGUUUUGCCUUUUGGAAGCACACAGGUGUUCAGUGAUUGUGAGGCAAAAUGCUCUACACGGAGCCUUGACCGUGGCAGCAGCCAAUGCUCAACUCAAAAUUCUGAGAGCAUGUGUGCCAAAGAGGAUGGGCCACAGUAUCAGAAAAAAGAGUCGAAUGUGCAGAAGCAACAAAGAGACACUCAAUAUGAGUCGCCAAAGGGUUCUACAAACUCAAGUGAGAACAAUGAGUCCCCUGAAAGGCAUCACAAGCGGGCAAAGAUUGCAAGGUUGGAUGGUGUAAGCGACAAUGAUGAAAGCCAGCAGCUGCUGACAUCAGAAGUUGUACCAUUCACUAGCUCCAACUCCUGUCCUUCAGCACCUCCCAACAAACCCGACUGGCUUAACAGCACCCCUGAUUCGGCCUGCAAAAACCAUGCGGAGCAGCAAUACGAUUACUGCGUGAGGGUGAUCAGGUGGCUGGAGUACGGAGGACACAUGGACGAGGAGCUGCGUGUGAAGUUCCUCACCUGGUUCAGCCUGAAGGCAUCGGCAAAGGACAGGCGCAUCGUGAGCGCCUUUGUGGAUGUUUUCAUCGACGACCCAGCUUGCCUGGUGGCGCAACUGAAGGAUGCAUUCAUGGACGCCGUCUGCAGCAAUGAGAAGCCUGCUCCUUCAAGGGUUCCGUGCUUCAGUCUUUGGCAUUAGAGAGCUCCGUUGGCACUGGCAUUCCCUCUUUUGUUGCAUCAUUCUGACAGCAAUUGUGUGCUGAUUGAACGCUGAACCAGCCGGAGUUGUUGUGCACUGUUGAUUGUUGGGUUGCAUCUGAUUUGUGGUGGCUGGACCAUUGGGUGAUAUUGGGUGGAUGAACUUUGCUCUGAAGUUGAAAGCAAGUGUCAGACAGCAGUAACUACCGGGUGAUAUUAGGUUCCUUUAGAUGCUUCUUCUUAGAUGGUCUGGUCCAUUGAUGUCUCUCGAGUCUAUUUACCGAAAGUUCUCUUAGUCGGCGAAGGAUCAGCUUGUUUAAUUCAUCGCGCUAUGAUCCUAUGCGCCUCAUAGCUGUUUCAUGAGCCAGGUUUAGCCUAGCCCUAAACUAUCUGGUCGCUGAUUAGCUAUUCCAGUAAACAAGCAUCUGCGUGCAUCUU